AUGGAGACUCAACCUCUUCUCGCACCCCGGCGUGGUAUCGCUGAUGCUCUGGAUCCAGAAAUAAUGAGCACCAAACCGCACCGAGAGGAUACGGGGCCCAGCGCAUAUGGCCAGAUUGACCCGGUCAUUGAAAGGCGGGUGGUGAGAAAGCUUGACCAGAGGGUGCCAACCCUUCUUGGGUUUCUGUAUCUACUGAGUUUUUUGGAUCGAUCCAAUAUCGGCAAUGCACGCAUCGCAGGAAUGGAAGAGGACUUGCAGCUGGACGGCAACCGCUACGAAUGGCUUCUGACCAUCUUCUAUAUCUCGUACCUGGCUUUCCAGUUCCAGGGAUUAAUGUGGAAGAUCGUUCCUCCGCACAAGUGGGCUGCAUUUACUGUGUUAGGAUGGGGCAUCAUUGCGACUUGCCAGGCGGCAGUUUUCUCAUGGAAGGCAGAAAUGGGGCUUAGGUUUCUGCUGGGCGUCACAGAGGCAGGCUUUGGCCCGGGCAUCCCGUUCCUUCUCUCCUGCUUCUACCGACGUCAUGAGUUAGGGCUGCGAUGUGGCUUGUUCGUCUCUGCUGCUCCACUUGCAAGUACCUUCGCCGGGACAUUGGCAUAUGGAAUUACGUCGGCCCAUACAAAGCUCGCCAGCUGGAGGCUCUUGUUCCUUGUUGAGGGCAUACCCACCAUAUUAAUGGCGCCUGCUGUCCUCCGUUUUCUUCCUGAUUCGCCAGCCAAGGCUAAAUUCUUAAAUGAAGAGGAGAAAGCCGUUGCUAGAGCUAGAGCACUGAGGCAAGUCGGUGCAGUCGAUCGUAUCGGCGGCGUGAGCUGGAAGGAAAUCGAGGAGACACUUUUGGAUGUCAAAUCUUGGCUGGUAGCUCUCAUGUAUUUCAGCUGCAAUGUCAGCUACUCGUCUCUCCCUGUGUUUCUACCAUCAAUCCUGAGAGACAUGGGAUUCACGUCGAUCAACGCUCAGGGAUUGUCCGCGCCUCCUUAUUUCCUCUCGUUCCUGACUAGUGUAUUCACUCCAUGGAUCGCGGAUCGCUACCAGCAAAGAGGCUUGAUGAUUGCAUUCUUGUCAAUUGUGGGGUGUACCGGGUAUAUAUUGCUUGCCACGUGUUCAGCUGUUUCUACGAGAUAUAUCGGCGUGUGGAUGGCCGCUAGUGGUGUCUUUCCGUGCAUCGCGAAUAUCCUACCCUGGGUUCUUAACAACCAGGGCUCCGACACUCGGCGUGGGAUGGGAAUCAUAAUCCUGAACCUUAUAGGCCAAUGUGGUCCGCUUCUGGGGAGUAACAUAUUCCCUGCCUCUGACGGGCCGUCCUAUGUGCGGGGCCAGGCCAUUUGCGCAGCCUUUAUGGGCUUCAAUUGCUUUCUGGCGCUGUUAUUGCGCACACUGCUAGCGAAGCAGAACCGAGAGCUUGAUAGGAGAUAUGGAACGCUUGCUGAACGGGCCCAACAGCUGGAGGAGACCGGCCAGUUAGUCGUUGCGGAGGAGAACUAUGGGCCUGAUUAUAGAUUUGUGCUUUGA